AUGGGAUUCGACGACGCCGCCAUCGCGGCGGAUCCUCGUAGACGUCGCGAUGACCGCGAUGAUCCGCCGUCCGCGCGCGACGAUCGCGACAGGGACAGGGACAGGGACUCCGAUCGCAAAAGGAGCCACAGGGAUCGCGACGAGAGCUCGGACGAGAGGCGAGAGCGAAAGAGGCGCGACAGGGACAGGGACAGAGAUCGCGACAGGGACAGAGAUCGCGACAGGGACAGAGAUCGCGACAGGGACAGGGAUCGCGACAGGGACAGGGAUCGCGACCGGGACCACGACCGACGGGACCGCGAUAGGGAUCGGAGCAGGGAGCGCGACCGGAAGAAGAGCAGGCGGCAUCGCUCGCGCUCGCAUUCCCGCUCGGAUUCGAGGCGGAGGGAGAGGUCCGACAGGCGAAGGUCGAGCAGGUCCCGCUCGCCCGAGCGGAGCAGGGACCGGGACAGGGACCGCGGGAGGGAGCGGCGCAGGCCCAGCGGCUUCGACACCGAGGUCACCCCGGCCAUGCGAGAGCUCCAGAAGAAACUCCUCGAGGAGCAGCAGCGUCAGUCCCUCGCGCAGCAGUGGCUGCUCCAGAAUCCUGGCGCGGCGGCGACGGCGGCGGGGGCGUCGGCGCAGAAGAAGCAGCGCGAGAUCUACGUGGGUAACCUGAUGGCGGGGGUCACCACGAUCGAGGUGCUCAAGGACCUGUUCAACGCGCUGAUGGCGCAGGCGCUGCCGCACUGCGUGGAGCACGGCGAGCCCGUCAUCAACGUCAACAUGGACGCGAGCCAAAAGUUUGGUUUCGUCGAGUUCAGGACCGAGGAGAUCGCCACCUGCGCCCUGAACCUGGACAAGAUGGACGUGGCGGGGCGGCAGAUGAACAUCGGACGGCCCAAGGGGUACGUGGAACCCCCGCCCGGGUACAAGCCCAGCAGGGAACCGGUGUCCAUCGCGCUGGUCCCGUACAAACCGCAGCUGCCCCAAAACGUCGGCGGCCUCAGGCCCGAGACGAUCGCCGCGCAGCGACAGACGCUCGCCGCGGCGCAGGACGCCAAGCGACAGCUGGACGGCAUCGCCGCCAACGGGACGACGCAGAUGACCGCCAACGUUCCGUCCAACGUGCUGUGCCUGGAGAACACCCUGCCUCUGGAACAGCUAGGCGCGGCUGAGCACCUGGAGGAUGCCGAGCUCGACGUUCGCGAGGAGUGCGGGCGGCACGGGUCCGUGCUCGGGGUGUGCAUACCCACCACCCCACCCGCGGGAGCGUCCGGGUCGAGGGUUUACGUCAAGUUUGCGGCCGCGCUCCAGGCGGAGGCUGCGAUGCGGGCACUCGACGGGAGACUGUUCGAUAAUCACGCGGUCAGGGCGAGGACCGUGACCUCGAGCGAGUACGACCGAGCCAAGGCGGGGGGUUGGUGA